AUGGACGAAAAACGACCUCUCAAUUAUAAUCACGAAUAUCAAGUUGUGUUCAUUGAACCUAAUGACGGUUCGCACGUCUUUGGAAUUCAACUAGGAUCACCAUUCACGAACCCCACCGCUAAAUUACCAACCAAGAACGCCCGUCAUUUUAAAGUUCUUGACCAUGGCCUGAAUGUCCUCUUCUCGACUCCGUUCACUCCUAUAAAUUGGCACAACUUUGCGGUUCAAGUGGACUGGGACAGCAAUACGCUUGCUGUUCUGUAUUCGAAAAACUCAGACCUACUUAGAGCUGUCACGAAAGUGAUUCCAAAUCCAACCCAUCCAACUGGGCCUGUGGGCCAGGGUGACUUCCAUUUUGGUGUUCUCAAGCUACCUUUGGUCAAUCCCAAAGAUUCCCCUGCUGAUCAAGGCGAUGUCGUUCACCAUGGUAUUCAAGAAGGGACUACAGAAGGUCUACUUUAUUCCGGAAUAUUUGUCGAAGGUAUCCAGAAUGGAAUCAGUGUCGGGGGAGGACGAUUUAUUAAACCGAUUGGUAAAUGA